AAGAUCAAUUAAACGCUCUACCAUCUGGAAAGUUUCUACUCAAACUAGACCUUGUUGAAAAUUUAUUACAACAAUUUCGCAAAUAUUUUGUUUUCGUGGAAAGUCGUAGAAGAGGUAUUGAAGAUACUUCUGGAUUAAUGAACUUUCACCCAACUGUUCAUCCGCAACAACCUCAACAUCCAAACGUAGAUAACUUGAAACUUCCAGCGGCGCCGAAGCAUCCUAAUGAUAGCUCAGGUGCUUCUGGUAGCUCAUCGAUCCCUACAAAAAAACGCCCAUUUUCAGUCGACCAGGAAGUACAGCAAUCGAAUAAGAAGCAGCAACCCAAUUCUAAUAGUAUUCUUAACCGCUCUGCAUCUGAUGGCUCGACUAUCAGCAUUCAAAGUACUUCGGCAACUAAUGCAUCUAGUCAAAACAACCCUAUCGUAAUUUUAGAUGAUGCAAAACAAAUUGUAUCUGAAACUCAAGAAAUAGGCGUCUCUGAUAAAAACAGUGCCACUACUGAAGAUUAUCAUGCAGGCUCGCAAUUGCUUACGAAUAAAUUGAAAGGUAUUUCACCGCGAGUAAUGCGUAGUGGUCCGACAAUGGCACCAAGGCAAGGAUAUUCCCCAUGCGAAGAGAGUGAACAGAGAGCUAUGUUGGUCUCUUUACUCAACACUGCUUAA